UAGCCGUCCUAUCACAUGCUAACAGCAAAUAAAAAGAAAAAGAAAAAGAAGAAGAAGAAGAGAGAGAAAAUGGUUUCUAUUGAGUUAUCACCGGAGUUGAUUCCCGGUUUACCUGAGGAAAUUGGACUCGAUUGUUUGAUUCGGUUUCAUUAUUCUACUUACCGAGUCGCAGCUCGAGUCUGCCGACGAUGGCAACAGCUUCUCCAAAGCAGGGAGUUGCACUAUCUCAGAAAGCAAGCCGGAUAUACCCGUAAAGCGGCUUGCUUAGUUCAAUUACUCAAUAACACCUCCGAUUCUGCUGGGUCAAAGCCGGUUGGUCCACCCACAUACGGCCUCACAGUUUUUGAUCCUGUGAGUGGAAUCUGGGAUAGAAUUGACCCGGUUCCCAAGUACCCUUACGGUCUUCCUUUGUUUUGCCAGAUAGCAAGCUCUGAAGGAAAGCUAGUGGUGAUGGGUGGAUGGGACCCGUCAAGUUAUGACCCAGUGCGGGAUGUCUUCAUAUACGACUUCACAACUCAGCGGUGGGGACAAGGGAAGCAGAUGCCGGAAACUCGAUCGUUCUUUGCGCCUGGGGGGUUUGAAGGGCGCAUUAUUGUGGCGGGUGGUCAUGACGAGAACAAGAACGCUUUAAGUACAGCGUGGGAAUACGACGUGAACAGGGAUGAAUGGACCGAGUUGGCUCGGAUGAGUCAGGAGCGAGAUGAGUGUCAAGGGAUGGUGAUUGGGUCGGAAUUCUGGGUGGUGAGCGGAUAUAGAACGGAUAAUCAAGGAGGAUUCGAGGGGAGCGCGGAGUUGAUGGAUUUGAGGACGGGUGAAUGGAGACGAAUUGAGGAAGCUUGGAAGGCGAGCCAGUGUCCUAGAUCUUGCGUGGGUGUUGUGAAAGAGAAGAAACUCUUCUACUGGGGCGACUGUGACUCGGCGAUACGAGUGGGAGCAUGUGCUGUACCUUUGGGAGAAUGGACACUUGUGUCUGGAUCAGCUUACCAAGGUGGUCCACAGGGGUUCUUUUUGGUGGAAGGACACGGUGAAAGAUUUAAGAGAAUCGAUGUUCCACCCCAGUUUUCUGGGUUUGUACAAUCUGGUUGUUCCCUGGAUAUCUAAUUCCUUUUGUAAUGAAGUUGGUCGGCUGAGCUGAUGGCCGCUUUAUGAUGAAGUAAAUCUAAGAUCAGGAAGGAUAAUAUUUGUUUCUUACCUUCAAUGCAGCUACGGAUGUUGUGUAUCAUUAUUAAAAUCUAGCAGCAACAAGAUAUUUGCAUAUGCAUAAGUUUAUGGGUGUGUACAAGAUUUUGUAAUAUAACGUGGACAUUAGCAA